GGCUCCGCCCACUCGCCGCCUGCGCCCUGCAGACGCUCCUACUGCAGCGACAUCAAGAUGCGCUCCUAUCUGCAAUACAUCAAACGCAAGAUCAUCCCCCCCCCCUCCCCUCCGUACGGCCACGUGUGCCAGGUCGGGGACCCGGUGCUGCGGUCACACGCUGCAGCCGUCGACCCUGCAGCCAUCACACAGCCGGAGAUCCAGAAGGUCAUCAGCACCUUGGUGAGAGUGAUGCGCAGACUGGAAUGUGUGGGACUCAGCGCGCCUCAGAUCGGGGUGCCGCUCCGGAUCCUGGCGCUGGAGUAUCCAGAGGGGAUGUUGGAGGAGAGCUCGGCUGCGUCGAGGGAGGCCCGCGGCCUGUCCGCCCAGCCGCUCAGGGUCUUCGUGAACCCUCGGCUCAGAGUGCUGGACGGACGCACGGUGCUCUUCCAGGAAGCCUGCGAGAGCAUCUCAGGGUUCUCCGCCACGGUUCCUCGCUACCUGUCGGUGGAAGUGUCGGGUCUGAAUGAGAAGAGUGAAGCGGUCACGUGGCAGGCGAGCGGCUGGCCGGCUCGGAUCCUCCAGCACGAGAUGGACCACCUGGACGGCGUCCUCUACACCGACCGCAUGGACACCAAGUCCUUCAUCAACAUCAACUGGCAGAGGCACAAUGAGUAGAAGACAAUCCACAGGACAGACCUCAGUCAUCUGGGAAACCGAGGACGCUGGUUCUGAAUUGAAGUUGACCGAUUAGUUUCUGGUUAGAAUCAGAGCCGAGUGACUGGAUCAUGGAGAACUGGGUCACUGCACCGGACCAGUUGUUAACCAGAAGCUGAAGAGAGGAAACUGAAACAUCGAUGUCCCUUUAAAGAACAAACCAGGAGUUCUGUGGAUAAAUGAAGAGGCUGAAAUGUUCAUGACAACUUGAGUGAAUCGCUUGUAAACAAACUCUUGUAAAUACACUGUUAUCAUUAAAUAUAGAAGAAUUGGUGGAAGCUUGUGGAUCUGAAUCUGCAGUUUCAUAAUAAUUGAGAACGUUGAAAUGGACGAAUCGAUAUGAACCUAAUUGAACAUGUUUGUUCUUUAAAGAGUUUUGUUAAGAGGAUUUUUCUUUAAUACUCUUUGUCCCUCUGACAGACUUUUAUAUCUUUACUGAAAUAAACUCACUGAACUCUACAUUACUACAAAAUAAGUUAUUUUAGGGCUGAAACGAUUAAUCGAUAAAGAAUCUGCAUCUUUUAAUAUUUAAAAAUAAUUUAAGUAACUUUCUAGGCAAAAAUGCUAAAAAGUAAAUAAUCAAGAAAAAUUAUCUACAGAUUGAUCAAUAAAAACCUAUAUAAAUCUUUGGCUGUAAUUAUGACUGAAUAAAAAUAUGAAUUAUUAAA